GGUUUGAUCAUUUCAAGCGACUCGGUAAUUUUGAGAGAGAGAACGAAAGAGAAAAAAUGGCAAUGGCGUCGAUCCGAUCCAAUCUUCUUCGCGCCGCCGUCCGUGGUGCCUCUCGAAACUCCGCUCAGCCUAAGCGCGGCUUUGCUUCAUCUGCUCACGACGAUGCUCGUGAAACUGCAAAGUGGGAGAAGAUUACUUAUGCAGGCAUUGCAACCUGCACUAUUUUAGCAUUCUAUAACCUAUCAAAGGGCCAUCCCCACCAUGAAGAGCCCCCUGCAUAUCCAUAUUUGCACAUACGCAAUAAAGAGUUCCCUUGGGGUCCUGAUGGUUUAUUUGAGGUGAAGCAUCACUGAGGACUACUUUUGGUUGAAGGGGAGAUCAAGCAUAGUCAUUCUACUCAUUUUGUUCCAUAUUGGAAAGACUUCCAUCGUCUGGUUGGGUUAGAUUUUUCUUUUCAAAGGAUGUAUGGCCAUUUUGCAUUUGUUAAAAUGUGAAUCAUGGUUUGAUCUUUCCAUGUUGUCAAAAUUAUCCUUCUUGAUUAAUAAGAUUAACUUUCCAUCAUUCCAAACCUCAGUUUGCUGUAAUAAGCUGUGCUUGGAUUGAAAAAUGAGCCUGUAAUUAAUUGUACUUAAGGGGGUAAUAGUUACUUGGUAAACCAAGACAAUUGCUAGGUUUUAUCAACAUGAUUGGAUGAAGAACCUAACAAAAAAGGUUAGGCCUUUGGUCCCUGAAUUUUCGA